AUGGCGGCUGCGGUUUCGCUUCUUGUUUGCCGGGUCUGUGGUGAUCGGAGUUCCGGAAAACAUUACGGGUCCAUCUGCUGUGACGGUUGUUCGUGUUUCUUCAAGCGCAGCAUUCGGAAACGAGCGCUCUACAAUUGCAUCUCUGGUCGUGGAGGAUGCGCGGUGGACAAGGCCCGCCGGAACUGGUGUCCAUUUUGCCGGUUGCAAAAGUGCUUCCUGGUGGGGAUGAAUGCAACUGCUGUGCAGGAAGAACGAGGUCCUCGAAAGAUCAAACAUAGCUCAGCGCCACAAAUUUUAACUCAGGUCCUGGUGGCCUGCAUACGGCAGGCCAGAGUUAACGAAAGCUUUGCUUUAUUCAGUAGAGAACAGCAGAAUCGUAUCCUGCGACACGUUUGGUUCGAAUGCUUUCUUCUAAGAGUUGCCAAUUGGUCUAUAGAUAUUUCAGCAAUCGUCAAUAGAUGUUCAGAUGAGAUAUUGAAGAACAUUGUCUACAACACCAAAUCGUUGCAGGUGGAUUUGAUUGAAAUUGCGCUGAUGGAAACAUUGAUCCUUUGCCGUAAAGCGUCGUCGGAGGGCGGGUCAAACGGGACGACGACACUGAUGCCGCCCCCUUUUGCCCUCCCCCCUCCGCUUUGCUACAGAUUCGGCAAAUUGCUGCUCGGGUUGCGAGGUUUAUCGAUGCCCUGCUACGAGUCCUCGGUACGUGCCAUGUUUCGGGCGGUCACAGGAGGGGACGAUACCCUAAUGGAGCACUUUGUAACCAAAUUAUAGGGAGCCCCGGU